AGGAGGAGGAGGUGGCGGCGAGAAGAUGGCGACUUCGAACAAUCCGCGGAAAUUCAGCGAGAAGAUCGCGCUGCACAACCAGAAGCAGGCGGAGGAGACGGCGGCCUUCGAGGAGGUCAUGAAGGAUCUGAGCCUGACGCGGGCCGCGCGGCUCCAGCUCCAGAAGUCGCAGUACUUACAGUUGGGCCCGAGCCGUGGCCAGUACUACGGCGGCUCCCUGCCCAACGUCAACCAGAUAGGCAGUGGCAGCAUGGACCUGCCCUUUCAGACCCCCUUCCAGUCUUCUGGCCUGGACACCAGCCGGACCACCCGGCACCAUGGGCUGGUGGACAGAGUGUGCCGGGAGCGCGGCCGGCUCGGCUCCCCACACCGCCGGCCCCUGUCUGUGGACAAGCAUGGGAGGCAGGUGGACAGCUGCCCCUAUGGCACCGUGUACCUCUCGCCACCGGCAGACAGCAGCUGGAGAAGGACCAAUUCUGACUCCGCCCUGCACCAGAGCACAAUGACGCCUACCCCACCAGACUCCUUCUCGGGUGGGUCCCAGGAUGCACAUCAGAAAAGAGUUUUACUAUUAACGGUCCCAGGAAUGGAAGAGACCUCGUCUGAGGCGGACAAAAACCUUUCAAAGCAAGCAUGGGACACUAAGAAGACGGGGUCUAGGCCAAAGUCCUGUGAGGUUCCUGGAAUCAACAUCUUCCCGUCCACUGACCAGGAAGCCACGACUGCCCUGAUCCCUGCCACCCACAACACAGGGGGCUCGCUGCCUGACCUGACCAACAUCCACUUUCCCUCACCGCUGCCCACCCCACUGGACCCUGAGGAGCCCCCUUUCCCCGCCCUGAGCAGCUCCAGCAGCACUGGCAACCUCACGGCCAACCUGACGCACCUGGGCCUUGGUGGUGCCCCCCAAGGAAUGACCACACCAGUCUCCUCACCGCAGCACCGCCAGCCAGGCGUCAGCCCCCUGUCCCUGAGCACGGAUACCAGACGGCAACAGGCCCAGCAGGUGCCACCCACCUUAUCCCCACUGUCACCCAUCACUCAGGCCGUGACCAUGGAUGCCCUGUCCCUGGAGCAGCAGCUGCCCUACGCCUUCUUCACACAGGCGGGUGCCCCACCACCACCACAGCCCCAGCCCCCGCCACCGCCGCCACCCACCUCGCAGCAGCAGCCACCCCCGCCUCCAGGCGGUCCUCUGAUGCCCAGUGCCAGCCUGCCGCGUGGCCCACAGCUGCCCCCGCUCCCAGUCACCCUGUCGUCCUCACUGCCCCCGUCCCCUGCUGACAGCCCUGGUCAGCCACCCCUGGGGAUCGACGUCACAUCGGUGCCGUCCCUGCAGCAGUACCGCACGAGCGCCGGCUCCCCAGCCAACCAGUCCCCCACCUCGCCCGUCUCCAACCAAGGCUUCUCCCCCGGGAGCUCCCCACAGCACUCCUCCACGCUGGGCAGUGUCUUUGGGGACUCAUAUUAUGAGCAGCAGAUGGCAGCCAGGCAAGCCAACACCCUGUCCCACCAGCUGGAACAGUUUAACAUGGUGGAGGGAACCAUCAGCUCAAGCAGCCUGUACAGCCCUGGCUCAACACUCAGCUACUCGCAGGCAGCCAUGAUGGGGCUCACGGGCAGCCAUGGCAGCCUGCCAGACACCACACCACUGGGGUACCCGAGCCAUGGUGGCAUCCCCAACAUCAUCCUCACAGUAACUGGAGAGUCCCCGCCCAGCCUCUCUAAAGAACUGACCAGCUCCCUGGCCGGGGUUGGUGAUGUCAGCUUUGACGCUGACGCCCAGUUCCCCCUGGACGAGCUCAAGAUCGACCCCCUGACCCUGGAUGGGCUGCACAUGCUCAAUGACCCCGACAUGGUCUUGGCUGACCCGGCCACCGAGGACACCUUCCGGAUGGACCGCCUCUGAGCAGCCGCCACCACCACCGCCACUGCGGUCAGUGGUCCCCACAGCGCCGCCAUGCACCGGCCGAGCUUGUGAUUCUGAGCUUGCGAUGCUGCAAAGCGCCCCGACCCGCCGUCCCCGCCCACCCGCCGCCUCCUGGUUGCCCCCUGCCCGCUUGUCCCAGCGUGAGGCCGCGGGCCGGGCUGGGUGGGGGUCGGAGGCCUGAGCCCCCUGCUCGUGGCCACCCUCUGGUUGUCCCUGCCGGUUCGCCUAGGCUGUCCGCUUGGGACUGUGUGGGGGUCGGAGGCCUGAGCCCCCUGCCUGUUGCCCUCCCCUGCGCGUUCUCGCCCCUUCUCCUGCCUGGGGCGCGAGUGAGCCCCCGUAAGAUACCAAGAGCAUGUGACAGGUCCGCUGGGCCUGGGGGGCGUAUCGAGGUGCAUCUUCCGACUGUUGUCCAGCUCUCACUGCCUUCCUCUGCCCCGCCCUCCGCCAUCCCCGGCUACCACCCCAGGGAGCUGGCACCAGAGAGGGGGCCCGGACCCAAAGCAAAAUAAACACUAUUUUGACCGCUGUCUUUUAUAUUUCUGAGCACAUGCAAGACGCUGGGCUCUGCGCGGUGAAGGCGCGGUGUGGACUGAGCGUCCCCAGCAGCAGCGCCUGAGCUCCCAGCCUCAGCCGGUCCUGGGUCACCAUCGCUGCGUGAAACUCCUACCCAGGCACGGAUGACAGUUCGCAGACGCUCAGGGAGGCAGGAACGAUUCCGAAGGUUUCAACAGCUUUCAGUUUUUCGUUAUCUGUCCAUGGUCGAUGUUGUUAUGAUUUCAUCCUGCUCUUUAAGGAAUCGGGGUGGGGGGAGCCAGGGCAUUUGUCUUGUUGUUUUUCUUUUUCUUUGGUUCAUAUUUAUAUUUUGGUUGUAGACAAGACCUGAACACUUCUGGCUGACCCUUGGCUGCCAGCAUGUUUGACCCCAACCUCCCUUGUGUAUAUUUUUACUCUUAACUGGAAGUAGGUAUACCCCAAUUUGUCCAAAAUUUAGGGUCCGAGCCACCUGUAUCUGCCAGCACAGUGAACCCCUGGGGAGGGGCUGGAUUUUGGUUGAGGGUCUGUAUGGACCGGGUGGCACUCCCUGCUGCAGGUGUCGGGCUGGCAGGGGGGCACCUACCAAUAUCACCACCCUCUGAGAACCCAGGGCCAAGCUGAUGCCCCAUUCUAGAAGGUUCCUGGUGCUUCUAGAAACACCCCUAAGGCUGGUAAUGUACCUGGGGCUGAGACCGAGCCCUGGGCCAUCUCUGACCCUUUGCACUACAGAUCCCUCGAGGGUCUUUCUGUGGCUGCUUUGGAACUUGAGCCUGUCCCACCCCUCGAAUUGUAUCCAGGUGUGCUCACCUUCGGCUGCCCCACCUGCUGGGCUGGUACCUUCUGCUUAGCUGGUCCUGUGGUGUUGGGCGCCACCUGCAUAGGAUCUGGGGGCAUUCCUUGCUCUGUCUGGGGGAGCGGACUUGACCCAGCUCCAGUCCCCCCUGAUGGCCAGACCAUUCCUCUCUCUGGCCCCUGGCAAUGGUGUUGGCCUGUCCAUGAUCACAUUGCCCUCUGAGAGCCAGAUUCCUCCCUUCCUUCCCCCCCUCCACUGCUGCCGUUCUUGGGAGCAUGUGGCGGGGGCUGGGAACGAGAGGCGGAGACAUUUUUAUUUUAAAGAAACUACAUGUAACUUGUACAUAGGAGAGUUUGAUGAAGAUGCUUAGACUCACACGUGGAACUUUUAAACAACGGCCUUAAUAUAGUGAUCUGCACCCACCUGGCCCCACACUGGUCCCCAGCUCAGGCCCCAUACUCAGCUGGCCGGCCGUGGCUCCCUGAGGAGCCCAGUGGAGGGAGAGUUGAUCUUGGGGACCUGUGUCCUGCUAUGCACCCUGAAUCAUGUUAUCCGAUGGCUCUGCUCCAUCUUCAUGUUGUUUUUCCAUUCGAGAGGUGACCAACAUCACGUGAAACUUCCCAGAGACGGGAUGGGGAUUUGAAGCCAGCCAGGAGGCAGUGUCCAGGGUCCCUGUGUCGAAGGGCACGUGCCUCCCUGGGUCUGGGCAGCCCUUCAGGGUGCACAAUAGGGUUGCUUUUUUUAGUAUCACUACUAAAUAUUCUUAAAUUGCCAAGACUUUCUGAGACAAAAAAGCAGACAGGAACCAGCCCUUUGAAUGGGUGUGAAAAUACUGUGGUUUCUGACAUGCUGCAGGGGACAGGAGGGGAGUCCCCAGAGUCAUGUCUAUAGGUCUGGUGCCUUCGUCCUCUUGCUCGGGACAGGCCUGGAUACUCAUCCUUCCUGCGUGCCCCCAACCUGGCCAAGUCUGCCACAACAGCAGCUGGCCGAGGAAAAGAGAGAGAGCUGCCUAUAUGUCCCUGCCUCGGUUUCCUCUCCAGCCUUGGGUCUGCAGGGGCAGUGGGCUUGCUCCCCUGUGUGUGGCACCUGGCCCGAGGGGGGCCCAGGGUUAGCUCCUCCCUAUGUCACCAGGAGAGUGGUUUGUGCCCUUGUUCUACUACUGCCCCUGGGGGUGACUAAGGACCUUGUCAGGGUGGCACCCCCACGUCACAGAUGACCCGAGGGUGAGGCACUGGCUCCCCACCCAGCUCUUAUAAAUGGGGACAGGCCAGCACUGUGUGGGGGUGCCUGGUCAGCUCCUUCCCCUCUAUGCACGCCCAACCCCCUCCUGAUGCCCUCCUGGGGGGUCAGGGCAGGUGCCAGCCCCUGAGGAUGGUGGGCUCUGAGACCCCUUGGGGGAAGACCCACGGCUUCCUUGACACUUGAGCAGAAUUCGGAAGUCUUGCAGCUGGCGGCACCCAGAAAUUGGCUGGCUUCCCAGCGAGGGUGAGCCCUUCAUGGGGGCACCCAGAGGGUCAAGCCCUUCUGUGGGAGUUCAGGGAGACCUCUAGGCUUCCCUAGGACAAGGGCCACAGGGUACAAGGAUGAGGUGAGGCACAUGUUGGGGGCCUUUCCCCCAAAGGACAUCCCUCUGUGAAUCCCUUCCUCCCUCUGGCCUGAGGGGCGUUGGGGGUAGAAGGGCCUCAAGCUGUCCUUCAUCCUCCUGUGGGGUCCUGGGCCAGGGUACCAGAGUCUCACAUCUGUGUUCCUGGCUUGAUUUUGGGGAGGGGCUGUGCCCCCAGGUGGACCAUCCCAAGGCCACGUGUCAUAGCGGGUGGCCGAGGCUGGGUGUCUGACGAACACCAUGAGACCCCCAUGCAGAGGGCGAGAGGCCUCAUGUCUGUCCAUCCUCUAUCCUGCAGGGACAGACCUUGGUCUGGGACUGCGCCUGGCACUGGCUGUGGCGGGGCAGGCCGGGAUAGGGGGAUUGGGGGCAGAUGCCAGCACAAGACCAUCCCUGUCCAGCUCUUAGGCCUGGUGAACCCGUCAGUGUGACCCCUGGGGGACUCAGAGGCACCGAGGGUGCGGGGGAGCAACCCACACCCCUGGUCCUCCAUGUCACUCGUGACCAAACGUUAAUCUAUGCACCUGCCCUGUCCGAAUCUGAGUUCCUUUCUGUGUUCCCAACAACGGCCAUCCCAGCACCCUAGCCCUGGCACAGGCUGAGUGAAGUGUGUGAUGCCUGGCAGUAUACUGGGGAUCCCUGUCUGUGUCCCUCCACCCCACUCCCAUCAGAGCAGCAGCCCCAGUCACCCUCACCAGGUCCUGGUGGAGCUGUGCGUCAGAGGAUGCGGGGGCCAGGACAUGGGGGACCCUCAGUGUGGGGGCUGGGACAUGGGAAUCCUCAAGUGUGGGGACCGGGAUGCAGGGAGACCUGGAGUGCAGGUGCCAGGAUGUGGGGGGACCCUCGGUGUGGGGGCCAGGAUAUGAGGCUUCUUCCUCAAUGCAGGGAUAGGACACAGGGCACCCUCAGCUUGGUGCUAUGGGUCAGCACUGAGGUCACUGGCCACUGCUCCUCUGGGUGGCACAGUGAGGAAGCUGGGGCCCUCUGGGGUGAUCGGGAAGCUGGGUACAUUUAUACCCCCAGUUCUCCCCGGGCCCUCACCUCUGGAGGUCUCCCAUGCUUGAAGGGGGUUGUGCAGCCACUAGGCAUCCUCCUGUCAGCUCCCGGGGUCCCCGCCUGGCUGGCAGUGGUCAGGGGUGAGGAGGGGUCCCAUAGCCCUGGGCAGGCACAGGCAGGCCUCACCUGAGUACUGGCUGUGGUCACUGUUCCCGUCAUAGCUCUGUAAGAGCAGAGAGGCGGGGUGACCUGCACCCCCAGGCCUGUCCAGUGGUGUCUGGCCCUACCAACUCCUGAGGGCAUAGGGGGCAGGACCAAGCCCAGCCAAGCGGGGCCCUUGGGUUUCCCAUGGUGGCUCAGACCUGCAGGUGGGGAGCAGGGACUGGAGUCAGGGUGACUGCUCCAGAGGGCUCCCUGCUGCAUGCAGGUGGCCUACGUCCCCGCUCACAGGGCACUGGGAUUUGGGGACAUUGAUGCUCAGCCUCACCCGGCCAGUACCCUGACCCGCAGGUCACCACCCACGUGCCACUCUUGGUAGGAACUCCCAGGGGCCGGGCGCCCCGCUGAUAUAUGCAAACCUGCGGCCUGUCCUCCCCCAGCAUGUACUCUGGCGGCGGGGCGGGCUGGCCGGCCGCUCUCCCUUGGCGCGGAUGCUUCUGUCUUUGUACCUUUGCAUCUUUGUAAUGAAAUGUAAUAAAACUCCAAUGUUUUCGUC